CAUCCAACGCUUGUUGAUCGCGAUUGAUGCUGCCAUGCCAGUUCGCAUCAGCUUGCUUGCCGCCGUGGACAUGUUGAAAGCGGCGUGGAUGGAAAUCACCGCGGAGUGCAUGGAAAAUUGCUUCCGCAAGGCGGGUUUUAUGGGCCCAGGCACCGAGGACGCCAUAGAUCACCCACCGGAAGGCCGGUCGCACGAGGACUUGUGGCAACGCGCCGUUGACACGCAGCUGGCCGGACCUGACGUCGUCUGGGACGAUUUCGUUUCUGCUGAUGACGACGCCGACAUUGCGGAGCCAUGCACUGACGAAGCUAUUGUGCGUGAAGUGCGAGCCCUUCCUGACUGCCCAGAGACCGACGAGGACGAGGAUGCUGCUCUACCGCCGGUGGCUGUGAAUGCUUCAACCGCGAUGGGUUACAUCGCGUCGCUUAAGGAACUCGUGUGCAGCAGAGGCCUUGGCAAUGAACAUAUUACCGCGCUGGAAAAAUUAGAAACGGCAGUGAUGCGAUCAGCUUUGAAGAAGCAGACAUGCAUCACGGACUUUUUUCAAAAAUAAAGUGAACUUUC